GUGUAUGUAAACCAAGUGUAGUUUUCGGCGGUCAAAAUGGCAGAAGAAUGGGCCAAAAAGUGGUCAAAGUUUGGGGAUAAAGUCCCUUGGCAUAUUCCUGGGCCACAUCCACUGCUAGUCAAGCAUCUAGACCGACUGACUGGGGGCAAGAAAGGCCUCAGAAUUCUAGUUCCUCUCUGUGGUAUAACGCAAGACCUCAUCUUUCUAGCAGACCAAGGUCAUAGUGUUAUUGGCAUCGAAUUUGUUCGUGCUGGAAUUGAGAUGUUCUUCAAGAAAAACGAUCUGGAAUACACUAUAGAUGCUAUAAACAUGGCGCCUUCGGGAGCGUACGUAUUCAAGGCGAAAAGCAAAGAUAUCACGAUAUUUCAAUGUGACUAUCUUCACUUCCGUAAAUCUAUUGCCGGUGGCGAGAUAGACGCGGUGUGGGACAGAGCUUCCCUGGUAGCAUUUCUCGAAAACAAAUCAAACGAAGAAGAUAUCGAGAUCGGAAAACGUCCCGAUGCAGUGAGGUCUGUUGGGCCAUCUUGCUGCCCUCAGUCGCUUCUAAGGGACAUGUGUGGCGAUAAUUGGGAAGUCGAGUUGUUAGAGAAGGUUGAAAUGGGCCCGGGCGAAGGGUUCCAAAACUUUAAAUUUGACUUCAGUUACACACUUAAUCUGAAUGUUCUAACUGCCAAGUUGGCAGAUUUUCAAUAGUGAGAUUGUGUGGUUACAGGAACCUAGAUUAACGAUAAUUACUUGAUAUUAUCCAUAUAUAAUGAUCGAAAUUUCAGGUCCCGACAAAACUACAGUGAAAUGUAUGCGAGAUCGAGAUUCAACAAUAUUAUAUAAAAAACUAUUGGUAAAAUGAUUAAAAUACUGUACACUAAGUGUCAAAUCUCUGAUGAUACAAGUGAACCCAACAAAGCUAAACUUUAGAAUUCCCGUCCAUAAAGAUUUUAUCUUUUGAUUUAUUUAAAGUGAUCUAUCAAUAUAAUUUUUCGGUGCCUUGAAAUAUCGUUAUUUUGAGGUUCAACUGUACUAUGCUCCAAAGCUAAGUGGAAAGAGAGAUAUAAUAGAACGUGUACUUAAAUAAUUAUAAUAAUAACAAUUAAUGAUAUGAACAUUUAAAUGUGCAGGGGUGUGUGGGUGGGUUUUGGACCAGAGCAGAGUGGAGGUUACUCUUCAAGAUUUUGGUAACAUGAUGUGAGGUCCGGCCAUUGUAAAAUUGGUACUUGUGAUAUUUUAAUCUCCCACAGUGGAUUUCUAACCCUCCCCAAACCAGGUAUCUUGAGUUUGACUUAGAUAAUAACAGUGUUAAAGGCAAGUAAUUGGGGAGGAUGCAUUCAAGAGUGUUAAAGAAAAAAAAACUGAAAAAAAGACUGAUAUUUUUUUAUGACUAAGAUGGUAGCAUUGUGAAUGGUUGUCUAGCCACUAGUAAUCUUGGACAAAUCCUGGCUAUGCCCUGAAUUAUAACAGAGAAUCCUAAUAGUUCAUGUUUAUUUACAAGACCUUUCACAGGCUGAGACUCACUAAAUUACAGGCAGAGACACAAACCUAGAACUAGCAGGAAUACAUUAAAGAAAAGUAUUGAGUGUCA